AUGCAUAGAUUAUCUAGGUCCAAAAAGUACAACUCAACGCCAUACUACAAGCGCGAAGCCACAGCCAAUCGCAUAUACUUGGUAUGUGAGAGGCAAAAAAGUAAGCUUCAUGAGUAUUGUCUUUGUACAGCAUCAGUGAGUACACAAGUUGACAAUAGGAUAAGAAUUCGGAAUCGACACAACCAUAGACCUGCAGAUAUUAAUUUACACGUACCUUUUCUAAGAGAAGCAAUUGGUGCAAGGGGCAUUGAUCCUGAAAACAUGUCUGUUUCAGUUAGGACUGUUUACAACAAUGCAAUCGUUCAGUAUCCAGAAGCUGCUAACAACUACACAUUUAUGCAAGGACAGAGAAGAUGGAAGAGGAUGCGUAGGUCUCAUCAACCAAAUGGCGGACGCAUACCCGAGAACAUCCAUGAGCUCGCUGAAGCGUUGACCCGGCCAGAGAAUGCUGCGUUCAGUCACACGCUUCAAACACCACCGUCAACAUUCUUCCAACAAGAACUGGUUAUCAACGGAAAAAGCGAAGGAGUUAUUUUUGCAAACUUGGAUGCAAUAAGAAGAUUUAGAGAAGAGUUGGCCACAGUAACAACUGUUGGUAUUGAUGGAACAUUCAAGACUGUUCCAGUUACUCCAGUAGACUUGGAAAGUUUCCUGACUUUUCAAGUUGUAUUUAAGAGUGUGUCGUUCCCAAUGGUGUAUGUCCUUCUAAGAAGUCGGACAGAAGAAACUUACAUCACUUUAUUUAACAUUGUACGACAAAUUUUACCUCUAAACUAUAAUUUAAUUCGGUUUGUUACAGAUUUUGAAAGAGGACUCAUGAAUGCAGUUCAACAAGCAUUUCCAGAAAGCAGAUUGGGAUGUUGCUGGUUUCAUUACACCCAAACGAUUGUACGGUAUUGUCAUCGUAAUUCAAAUGGUGUUUUGGAUCUAGUCAAGAGAAGUCCUGAAGCAGCUCAUGUUUUCAGAAUGGUUCUUGCACUGCCUCACCUGCCUGCUGCUAGGGGUCAUCCUCUAUGUCCUCGGUUUUGUAUGUAUGAUGGUUUCAGGGCCAUCAUGCAGUACGUUCAACAAUUUCCUGAAGUCGAACAAGGAAUGAGAAAUUUUCUAAUCGGAUAUAUUGAACAUUAUUGGUUUUUUCAGGUUGGUCCAGAGUUUUUCAGUGUUUUUGGAGAAGACUAUCAUACUAACAAUUAUUUGGAAUCAUUUCAUUCAACAUUACUGGUGCAAAUGGGACGUCAUCCUAAUGUUUGGGAUUUUCUCCGGGAAUUAACUUAUAUUGAAAAUCAGUUUUCAGUUGAAUUUAAUCAAGUACGGAAUAAUCUCAGGGUUAGAGAUGGCAUAUCAAGAUCCCAACGAGUUUUAGCCACUCAUAUAAUUGCACAAAAUGUCCAGCUCCUUAAUGAAGAACAAGACCUCUUGAUGUUUUUGCGAAGUACCGGUCACCAAAAUGAUGGAUAUGUCCAAAGGGAAAUUGGACCAUAUGCGCAGCCAUGAAGAUAAUUUUAUCAAUCUUAAUGUAAUAUAUAUUAUAUAGGUUAUAACUAUUAAUUUUUUAUUUAAAUUGUUUAUACUUAGUCUUAUUUUUAAUCGUUAUAUGUAUAAUGAUAUAGGUAUUGUAUUUUCCUUGUUCUGUUACCUAGGGUGGUUAUAGUAAUUAAGUACCUAUUAUAUUUUUUUUCAUUAUUUUAUGUUAAAUCAUACUUUGUUUCAAAUAUUUUCAAAUUGUUACAUUUAACUACUUUUCUAAUUGUUAUCUAGUUUCGUGUAUUUUAUUUUCCUUGUACUGUUACUUAGGGUGGUUAUAGAAAUUAAGUACAUAUUAUGUUUUUUUUAUUACUUUAUAUUAAAUCAUAUUUUGAUUUUAAAUAUUUUUUUAAAACACUUUUACUGUUAUCUAAGUGGUAACUAAAAACAUUUACAUUUUACGUAAUCUUAGUACUAUAGUAUAUAUACUUGAUAAAAUACAAUUAAGAAUAGUAUACAUGUCACUGGUUCAAUCAAUUAUUACUUAUGGUAUUGAGAGUUGAGGUUGUGCUAAUGAUGUUCACUUAACAUAACUAAAAGUAACUAUAAAUAAAUAAAUUUUAUUUCUUUUUAAGUUACCAAACUAUGCAAGUACUGAUAUUAUGUGUUUAAUUUUGGAAAGCUAUUUAAAAAAUGUUUAUUAUUACUUGUAUCUAAACAUAGUAAUAUUGUAACAAUAUGUAACCAUAAUGUUAAUACUAGAUUUACAAACAUUUUAAUAUAAAUAAUAUCAUAUUUAAAAUAUGC